AUGGACAGUUAUUGGUUACCUCCAGUAUCCUCCAAUUCCCUUCCCGUGAAAACUAAACCAAGAUCAAAUACUAUUCAGUUAUCUACUUUCAAUAAUCCAACUCGGCAAAAGAAAGUUGUUCCUUUAGUUAGUAAAACUGAAAGUAAAUUUUUUCAUUCAAGUUCAGCUACAGUUCUAGAAAAAAAGACGAUUACUCAGUCUGAAACUAAAGUCAAUCCAUCAACUCGGCGUCCCUUACCAAGUCUUCCUCCUAAUUAUUCACAACAACCAAUUGGAAUAGCUAAAAAGACAAACAACCAACAAACAUCAAGUGAUGAGAUAAACUUAAGAGUUCUCUCAGUUAAACAACCUAAUGACCUUCCAAACCAAUUAGAAUUCAUGUUGUCAAAACAACGUACAAUCUUAGGAAUAGAUGACAAACGAAAGAAACCUAUCAAAACGUCUAAAAUGGCUAAAACACUUAAACCUAUUAAUUCUUCAGAACAUACACAAACAUCUGAAAUACCAUAUGAAGAAUCUCGUUUAGCAAAAAGAAAGGUAUCAGUUUUAAGUGACCAAGAAAAAAAGGCUAUUUCAUUGCUAGCUAAUGGAAUAUCUGGACUUGGUAAAAGUGGAAUUCAUGGAAAUAAUAAUGAUAUUGUUGAACGUGAAUAUCUUUGUAUUAAUCAAAGUACUAAACCAAUAUUAAUAUCUAAAGAUAUGAUGAACGUUGAAGAUACAGUUGAAAUACGAAAUUUUCUUCAAAUAUCAGAACUUGCUUUACAUCAAAUGAAUGGAGAAGUAUUACCUUAUAAUUACAUCGAAGCAGAGACUAGUUGUGGUGGAUUAACCCAACCAGUUAUACUUACUAUUAACACAUCAUUUUCACAGUAUAAAAUAUCAUUUAAGUGUAUGACAAAUUUAAAAUGGGUAGAAAUUAAAAAAAUGAUUGAAAAAGGAAUUAACACAAAAGCAUCAACAAGAUUACCAAUAAAAAUUUCAAAUCAUAAAUUAGUUAUUGCAGGAACUCGACUUUAUUUUCAAGAACAAAAAGAGAUGAGAGAAUAUUCUAUUAUAAAUGAUAUUAGUAGAAGAGAGAAAAUAAUAAACAUUGAACUAAUUAAUCAAAUUCAAUUUAAGGAAGAAAUUAAUCAAAUUCAAUUAAAACAUCAAAAUCUUUUAUUAAAAGAGAAAAAGAAAUGUAAAGCAAGUAAUUUUAGUGAUGAAAUAUUAUCAUUUACAAUAUAUGAAUUAUUAAAUUUUGAUCCUGAAAUUGUAUUUAAAAAAUUUUUUGAUGAAAGUGAAAUAACUAAUUGUAUUAAAAAUUAUUUUGAAACUCGUUCAUUUGAAAAAUAUAAAAUUAUAUUAAAAGUAAGUUGUUGUUUAUAUAUGGGAACAGAUAAAUUAUGUAAUAAAGAAUAUUUUACUUCUGAUGUAAUUAAUACUAUAUUUGAUUGUAAAAUUAUGACUGACUUUUCUUAUUCUAUGUUACCUUUAGAAACACGUCUUGGAAUUACUUUAUAUGCAAUUAGAAAAGGAAAGAAAGUGGUUAUAGGAUUUGUAAAUACUCCUUUGUUUGAUUUUCAAAAUUUUUUAUUAUCUGGAUAUGUCAACUUAAAACUUUGGCCUGAUGAAGAAUCUGAUGCAGUCUCAAGUCCUUUACAAAAUCCUUCUUCUACUGCUCCAAUUAUUUCAAUUAAAUUUCCUGAUCCUGUUAUAAAAAUAUUUUAUCAACCAUAUGAAGCUAAAUACCCUCAAAUACCAAAAAAUUUACUCAAAAUCUCUAACGAUGUUCAACAAUUGGCUUUACAUAAUGACCCAUUUCAACCAUUAACUAAUGAACAAAAAAAUGAGAUAUGGCAAAAUAGAUUUAAUAUUCUUAUCCAAUUUCCUGAUUCUAUAGAUUUAUUAUUACGAGCAGUUCCUUGGACAGAUUAUAAAGCACGAGAAGAAAUGGCUGAUUUGAUUAAAAUAUGGCCUGGAAUUAGUCCUAUUCAAGUAAUCGGAUUAUUAGAUGUUCGUAAUUCAUUUACACCAGCAAGGGAUUAUGCUGUUCGUUUAUUAGAAGAAACUAAUGAUAAAGUGAUUCUUGGAUAUUUGCCACAAUUUAUUCAAGUUUUAAAAUUUGAAUCAUAUACAUGUUCAUCAUUAGCAUUAUUUUUAUUAAAACGAGCAUUAAAAAAUAGAGGAGAUAUGGGACAAUUAUUUUAUUGGUUAUUAGUUGGUGAGAAUGAAAAGACAAAAAUAAGUUUACGGUCUAAAAUAUUACUUGAAGUAUAUAAUUCAAUGUGCGGUAUCCAAUUAAAAGAAUUAAAAACACAAGAAAACUUUAUUAAAAUUAUUGAAGAAACAGCGGUUAAUGCUAAACAUUGGAAAGAUGAUGAAGUUAAAACUAAUUUACCAAAUAUGCUUACAGUUGUAAAUAAUGCAUUAGAAGGAAGUAGAUUAACAUUACCAUUUACUUCAAGAGAAACUGUUAGUUGUGUUGUUAUUAAUAAAUGUAAAGUAUUUGAUAGUAAUGCACAUCCUAUAUUAUUAUGUUUUCAAUCAUCACCAAUUUUUUCACAACAAGAAACACGAUUUAUUUUUAAAGUUGGAGAUAACUUAAUGCAAGAUAUGUUAACUCUACAAAUGUUUAAAUUAAUGGAUGAUUUAUGGAAAAAAAAUGGAAUUGAUUUUAGAAUGACUAUUUAUAAUGUUCUUGCAACUUCAACAACAUCAGGAAUUAUUCAAUUUGUACCAAAUUGUGAAACUGUUAAUAGUAUUCAAACAAAAGGAAGAGGAAUUACAGGAGUAUUUGAUGAUGCAUGUAUUUAUGAGUGGAUAAAAAGUAAAAAUUUAGAAGAAGAAGAUUUAAAAAAUGCAAUUGAAAAUUUUACAUAUUCAUGUGCAGGGUAUUGUGUUGCUACAUAUGUCAUUGGAGUAGGAGAUAGACAUAAUGAUAAUAUUAUGGUAUCUAAAGAUGGUCAUUUAUUUCAUAUUGAUUUUGGGCAUUUCUUAGGAAAUAUUAUUAAAUUAGGAUUUUACAAUAAAGAAUCUGCUCCGUUUGUAUUAACUAAUGAUUUUAUGUUUGUUAUUACAAUGGGAAAUACUGACACUGAUAAUUACUCAUUUUUUGAAAAUAUUUGUACUAAAGGAUUUAUGAUCCUUAGAAAUAAUGCAAAAACAUUUAUUUAUUCAUUUAUGAUGAUGUUAUGUAGUGGAGUUCCACAACUAAAACAUGUUGAAGAUGUUCAAUACUUAAAAGAUGCAUUUAUGUUAGAUAAAACAGAUGAUGAAGCAGAACAAGAAUUUAGAUCAUUAAUUUCACAAAGUUUAGGAACCUUUAGAACACGACUAAAUUUCUUCAUGCAUUCAAUGGUUCACUAG